AUGGACUGUGUUGGAAAAAUGGAAGUUAUGGUAGAUGAGUCCAUACCUGACACUGGUAACGGUGGCACACAAAGGAACCUUUGUAUCAUAUCAGCGAAAGAACUAAUGAGAACCACGUGGUUAUUGGCGCUAAUUGCACACAGCGACGACAAGCCGGUAAAACUUCCCAAUGUUUAUGUGCGUAGAGACAAAAUUUGGAAGUUCCAGAAGGAGACCGUAGUUGCCACCUGUGGUGAAGAUGGAUGCGUAAAGUUGACUCUGUCCAAUGCUAGUGCUCCUGAUACAAGCUAG